AUGACAGCAAUUAUUAUUGAUAACGGCAGCUCUCUUAUCAAAUCAGGAUUUUCCAGUGAUGAAAAGCCAUCCAUUGUCAUUUCUUCAAUGGUCGGCAAACAGAAAAUCAAACCAGAAAUGUUCGGAGCCGAGUCGAGAGAAUUUUACAUGGGAAAUCAAAUUUCUCACGAAAAUCAAUGUUUUCUAAAUCUUGCUCCAUGUAUUAGGAAUGGAGUGGGACAGAAUUGGGAUUAUCUAGAGAGGGUAUGGUCCUAUCUAAUGAUGGAUGAAUUGAGGAUUAAUCCCUCUGAACAUCCAGUGCUAAUGAUCGAGCAAGCACUUUCUCCGAAAUUUAAUUCCGAACAAAUGAUGAGAAUCAUGUUCGAGACAUUUCAUGUGCCAAAGUUUUAUGUAAAGAAUUCUGGUGGAUUGAUUUUGUAUAGUUGUGGAAGUUAUACAGGAGUUGCUGUGGAUGUUGGUCAUCAAGUGACAACAGUGACACCUAUUUAUAAUGGCUAUACGUUUUAUAAUGCAGUUCAGAGGGUUCAUUUAGGAGGAGAUGAUGUUACAAAACAAUUACAAAAAGUUUUAAUGUCUGAGAAGGGAUUUUACUCUGAAUCAUCGAGUGAUUUGGAACAUUUGAGAGUAAUGAAGGAGCAAUGUUGUUUUGUGGCUGAUAAUUACAAGGAAUUAAUGGAAGGAGUUCUGAGACCGAGAGAUUUUACAAUUGACAAGAAUGAAUUUUCAAUGAAUUAUACGUUACCUGAUGGAAAUCAAAUCGUUGUGGAUAUGGAACGAUUUAUAGCACCAGAAAUAUUAUUUCAACCAAACAAGAUUGGAAGAGAAUGUGAUGGAAUUGACAAGUUAAUUCACAAAGCAAUUUUGGCGUGUGAUCAAGAUGCAAGAGAAAAUCUCUUUUCUAAUAUUAUUAUUUCAGGAGGAACUAGUCAAUUCUUUGGAUUUAAAGAAAGAAUAGAGGAUGAAUUGAAAGCUCUCACUAAAGAUUCAUUCAAUAUUGGCAUAAAGACCUGUGACACUGAGUACAGAUAUAAUUGUCCAUUUAUUGGUGGAUCAAUUUUGACAAGUUUGAGUUCAUUUGAUAGUGUUUGGAUAACACAGGAUGAAUAUGAUGAAUGUGGAAUCUAUUCUCUCACCAGAAGAAAAUAUGAGCAAUAUUAUUAUUAG